UAUUGGAGAUAUAUAGUAAUUGCAGAGUAUAGCAAUUAACUCGUAUUAUAGUUUUAAACAUUAUACAAAAUAAUGGAGUUGAUUAAUGGAGACUGUGGAAAUGAGCUACUCCAAGCUCAUGCUCACGUAUGGAGUCAUGCAUUCAGCUUCAUCAAAUCCAUGUCACUGAAAUGUGCAGUUGAAUUAGGCAUACCGGAUAUCAUCCACAACCAUGGCCAACCCAUGACUCUUUCUGAGCUUGUUGCUGGUCUACCUCAUGUCCUUCCAUCAAAAUCCCACCACGUCUGUCGUCUUAUGCGAGUUCUUACUCAUUCAGGCUUCUUUACUUUGCAGAAAGCUAGCGACAAUCGCGACGAAGAUGGCUACUUGCUUACCAAACCUUGUCUUCUUCUCCUUAAGGACAGUCCCAUCAGCGCUAGACCAUAUUUAUUUGCAGUUCUCGAUCCUAUUCUUACCAAACCAUGGGAUUGCUUGAGCUCAUGGUUCCAAAAUGACGACUCCAAGUGCAGCCCAUUUAGUAUCGCGCAUGGAAAAACAUUCUGGGAUCUUGCUAGCCAUGAAGCUAGGUUUAACUCUAUCUUUAAUGAGGCCAUGGCUAGUGAUAGCUCAGUUGUCAGGGAGGUAGUUAUUAGCAAGUGUAAGGAUGUGUUCAUGGGGCUGAAUUCGCUUGUUGAUGUAGGAGGCAGCACAGGAAUUAUGGCCAAGGCCAUAGUUGAAACAUUCCCGGAGUUAAAGUGCACUGUUUUGGAUCUCCCACACGUGGUUGCUGGUAUGCAAGAUGACCAUAAUUUGAGUUUUCUUGGAGGUGAUAUGUUUGAGUCCAUUCCUCCUGCAGAUGCAAUCAUGUUAAAGAUGAUAUUUCAUGUAUUGGGGGACGAAGAUUGCCUGAAGUUACUCAAGAAAUGCAAAGAGGCCAUAACAAGUAACAAUGGGGAGAGGCCCGGAAAGGUGAUAAUCAUAGACACAGUGAUGGGAAAUAAAGAUUGGAUUAAGCAAUCAACUGAGACCAUACAGCUCUAUGAUCUUGAAAUGAUGGUCCUUGUCUCCGGUCAGGAGAGGACCGAGAAAGAGUGGGCUAAGCUCUUCUUUGAUGCUGGAUUUAGCAGCUACAAUAUAAACCCUAUUCUAGGCUUAAGGUCAAUCAUUGAGGUUUUUCCUUAAGAAUAUCAAAAUCUCUAUGUAGCUAUUUUUAUUCCUAAACAAUAAUUGAUGUAAUGAAUAAUUGAAUAUUUAUAAAAUAUAAAAUAAAAGUAAUUAAAAUGAUUUAACAUUUA